CCAUCUUUGCCAAAUCAGGUGCGCCCGCUGCCGCCUGGCGUCUGCCUCCUCAGAGCGGUUGGGAAUGCCCCAAAGGAGAGAAAAAAACAAAGCCGCCAUGGCACCUGGCCGCCGAAGACCUGCAGCUGGGCCCUCGCAGCCUUAGCUUUGCUGCAUUUCUGGUCCUUGCUUUGCAUGCGUACGCAAUCCCUCCCUCCCAUUCGACAUCACCCUCCUCUUCCGAUCCCUCUGCCUCUCGGCCUGUUUGGGUAACGCGGGAUUGGGGAAGGGUGCGGGAUACACAUGUGCAAAGGGCAUUUUUGUUUCAGGCUCGCGGUUGACGUUAUCUCCUAAGCCUGGUGACCUCGCGCUGCUCCUCCCUCGCGUAUCCCUCGCCCACCCGCCCUCGGAGUCGCUUCCGCGGGGCUUUUGUUUCAUGGUGACUUGUCGCCUCCGUCCAGACCCUUCCAUGUCUGCCCCCGCCUUCGUCUGUUGGGCGCUGUGAUUCGACCAACUGCCAGGCUCAGCCCUGCCACCACUCCGCUGCUGGUAGAUCCAUGUAUUGUUGGCUACCCAGUCUGCUGGUAACCCCCAUCUCUUGUCUCCUGCACCCUUCCGCUUCUGUGCGGACCUGCUCCUCCCAGCUUUUGGAUCGGCUGAGGUCGAUUAUAAGCGCCCAAUAACCCUACCCACACCCCAGCCUUCCUUGCCCACUGACUCGACUUGUCCGUCCAUCCUCCUUGUCUGAUAACCACCUUGCGAACUGCCUUCCCUCUGGGCUCUCUGCUCUGACCCGCACGUCCGCCUGAUACCUAAUCUACUCUGUGUCUUCCUGACAUCGUCUCGUGCGAGCACCCUCCGCCUUGUUCCCCUGUCGGCGAUGUCCCGAUGAUGGAGUUUACCAAAGGCCACUGGGCAGCGGCCCUGCUUGGCCUGCUCUGGCCUCUGUGCGUCCUUGGUCAUGUGCCAGUCGUCAACUCCACGACCCAGCCCGAUGCCGAAUUCUGGCCCGGGUUGGGAGUGCUGCAGCAGUCCAUCCCGGGCGUCGCCGCCCUAUCCAAGUUCACACCAGAGGCCGCCAACGUGCUGUCGCGGCGAGACUGCCUCCCGAACGGAACCAACUACUGCUUUGGCAAUAGUGUCAACUACUGCCUGGGAUGCGGUGUCUGCUGCCAAGCCUCGGGUCGUUUCUGCUGCGCCGCGGGAAGCGUUUGUUGUGGUGGCUCGUGCUGUGCUGCUGGACAGACCUGUAGCAAUGGUCUUUGUUUUGCCAAAAUGGUGACUGCGACCGUCAAGCGCCAAAGUACAAUUACUCGUCUGGCCACAAGAGUCGACACUGUAUUCCUGGCCGUGAUCGAGACUUCGAUAGUAAACUCGGUAGUUGAUGUGACCAUCUCGAGUCUGGCAGCAACUCAGACAGAGGUCACAGUGGUCACGGCAACCAUCAUGGCCAGAAGAUCGGUUCCUUCCCUAAUGGACCCCGAACCAGUCAGCUCCAAGGGGCUAUGGGCCCUCGCGCGCAGGAAACUUCACCUCCCGGAGCUAGCCUUCCCGAGACCAGGCUUGGCCCGUCGCCAAGAACCAAGCAGGGCAGCGGCCGGAGCCAGCACCUCUACGACCACAAUAACAGAUGUGGAAGUCUAUACAACCGUCAAUGUUAUUGUUGUUGCUACUACCACUGCCUCCACUACUACGGUGCUUUCUACUGUGGUUAGGACGCGUACCAGAGUUCUGGACGCCCAGACGACGGUCAGCAUGACAUCUACGACGACCCUCAUUUCCUUGCGCCCGGUCACGUCUGCGUCAACCCAGCAAGCUCCGGAUCCUGUACUGCCCCCUCUUUCUCCCGCGACGACAUCCGACAAUCAGCAAGGACAAACCGGAUCUGCCGCGCCUGUUGCCCCCGUUAUAUCGCAAAACAGCUCGACUCCACUCUCGACCCCGGCUAUUAUUGGUAUCGCUGUGGGCUCGGCGGUGUUCGCUGGUCUAGUUGCUCUUGCUGUCUACCUUGUGAUGGUGUGCCGGGCCCGCCGGCGACGCAGAGAAGCAGAAUAUGAAGAUGCGUACUACGGCCUUACACCCGACGGAGUUACGUAUGGAGGCUAUAGCGGUGGCGCCGCCGCUGCCACGGCGAUGCGCCAACCCCGGAUCCCCAGCCUGGCCCCCAUCUCUUCGCGCUUCACCCCUGGCUUCGUGGCACGUCACCAUCGGACCAGCUCCGGCUUCACGGGCACCACGGCCGUGACCUCGAGCGCCCAUGGAAGCAGCUCUGCCGGCGGCGUGGUGGCCGGGGCCAAGAAGGACGGCAAGACCAGCGUCGUCGAGCUCGGGGAUACCGGCCGCGUCGAGAUGGAUGGCGAAGGCGUCUCGAGGCUGUCCGAGAUUGGAAGCGACAACGCCAUGACGCCAUCACCCCUCUCGGCCUCUCCCGAGAACAGGAUUGACGCGGCCUCUUCCCCCGACUCGAUGCGCAGCCCACCCGUAGCACCGUUGCGCUUAUCCUCCGGGCUACCUCGGCCCAAACAGGGGUUUUUCUAUCGUGACUACUGAGGACUUUUGUCCUACAUUCGCUUUUAACUCCUCUUCUUUUCAUUUUUAGCUUCACCAUAGAUACCCUCGCUUUGCGUUUCUCAUUUCCCCUCGGGAUCCUUGCAUUUUAAUGUACAUACAAUUUUACACGGGCUUCCUCGCUUUACGCCCCCAUACGAGUUGACGACUUUUUAUUUUUUCACGCGACAAGACGGUCUUGGGUAGAGGAAUAGGCGUCAGGUACUUUGGGCUACUAGGGAGGCUAAGAUUCGGCAGGUAGACAUUCGUUACAGCAUAGGUGGGCAUCAUAACAUUCGUUCGCAGAUUCCGGGUUUACUCUAGUAUUGUCACCGGGCUCUAGAGCUCAUGCACAUGUG